AUGCCAGAUCUGGAUGUAGGCUCCGAGGCAAUCGACACAAACCAAGUGGGUUUCCUGUCGAUGUUGGCGCACCACUCGCAACUGUCGCUACCCAACUUCAUUCGUCUGUUUCGUAACCAAUCCUCCUCUGACUCAAGACCCAACAAGGCACUGUUUGAGCUUCCAGUACCUCCGAACUCCAAGCGCGCGCAUUUAUUUCCCCAUUGGAAUUCCAUUGUACGGAGCGGGGUACAACCGCGGUGGAGGUCUACCAAACCCUCCAGUCAAACUACGAGACCCCCAAACCACAACUCCAUCGCCUCGCACACUGCCAGCAUUCGGAGGCACAUACGGACAGGUCAACGAGACGGCAGGUUUCUCGUGCUACACGAGAGCGUCCUCAAGUUAUGGCCAGAAGUGUUCAUUAGUCCGAUCGGUAUCGCUGAGAAGGGAGACAACGAUACUCGUCUCAUUAACGACUACUCGUACCCCCGCGGGUGCUCGGUGAACGACUUCACCGAUGAUGGUAACUUUCCAUCUAUCUCUUACAACCCUCCGGGCGACAUUGCCCGGCGUAUACACAAACUACGCACAGAACACCCGAACGCCGAGAUGCUUCUCAUGUUGGGGGACAUUCCUCAGCGUUUCGGCACGUGCCGAUCCACGAAGACGCGGUACACAUGUUCGCGUUCAUUUUCGAUGGCUACGUGGUUAUCGACCUGUCAUGUGGCUUUGGCUGGUGCGGUUCACCUGCGUUCUACUCUUUGGCAGGGGGCGGUAAUCAACGACUUGUACGAGUCCAGGGGUCCAACGACCAGCUCCGUCGACUCCAGCAACUUCGUCGGCAACGUUUGGUGCGAUGACCAAAUGUGUGUUGAGAUUCUUGCAGGCAGUCGUUGUCAUGACGCUAACAUCGCCCUCCGACGGGCGAUGGCUGCAGUAUUGGGUCCGUCCGCCAUCAAUGACGAAAAUUUUACGGAGUGGUCACAAAUCAACAAAGCGCUAGGACUGGUGUGGAACACUUCGGAAGGCACAGUAUCCAUUCCUUUGUGCAAGUUACAGAAGGCGGAGCGUCGAGUAUACAAGCUGCUCGAGGACGGCCGUUCCACAAAACGAGACCUCAACAGCGUACUCGGCGCGAUGCGGCACGUAUCCACCUGUUUUCCCCCGGCACGGGCCUUUUACCAGCGACUCCACGUUGGAUCCAUAUCCAUGGCUCCGUUUGUUAGCAACACACUCUCCGGGGCCGAUAUAGACGACCUCUUGUGGUUCGGUGCUGUCCUUGCUCGAAACGAUCGCUUCAACGGUAUACCGGUGGCCCAAUUUGCCAAUAUCGCCGACCCUGACAUCCACGUGUACAUGGACACCUGUGACGACGGUCUCUGCGCGUUUGAUCCCAGUCGUCGUGAGUUCAUCAGGCUGCAAUUCAGUCCCGACGAGUCCCGUGCCUCCAGCAACUCGAUUAACAUACGGGAACUGCAGAUUGUCGUGCUAGCGGCGCUGGUGUGGGGACCCAACUGGCGUCAGGAGGACAGCAAGGCUCCAGUUCAUGUUCGCCUUCACAUCGACAACAUCAAUCUCCAUCGUCAAACCCUUCGACGAUCUCGUCGACGUGUGGAAUCAGUGCUACUCCACAAUAUCCUGGCCAAUACUAUCAAGUCCAAGUACAGCGCAACGUGGCGGCAAUGGUGCAGGUUCUCCCGCAAGAUGAGAUGGUCGCCGUGGAUUCAAGACGAUCCGAAGUCCAGUUCACGCAAACUCCGCUAUUUCACUGUUUACCUGUGGCGUUUUGGUGGAAAUAUAUCGCGCAAGGGCAACCAGUACUCUACGAUCAGGUCAAAGCUUUCAAAUGUGCUCUGGUACCAGCGUCGAUUUGGAGACACGGAUGUAGCCAUUUCACCUAGACUUAACAUGCUGCUCAAGGGCAUCAAGCGGACUUCAGAUCCCGUCGUAAAGAAACAGCCUGUUACUCCCGCCUUUCUCAGACUGCUGUAUCGGUCACUCAAUCUCAGCCAACCGCGACAUCGUCUAUUGUGGGGCAGCGUCCUCAUUGCCUAUUUCUUUCUACUACGGAGAUCUGAAUACUUAGUCGUCAACAACAAGCGGUCGUUUUACUGCCUCAAGACCAAGAACGCAUUCUUCGCAGACGCACAGGGGAGCCCAGUACCAUCUUCUCGGGCGUCUGCAGUCCCAAUUGGGCUAAGCGGCGCUAGAAACGACCAGUUCGGCAGAGGUGCUUGGCGAACGAUGCAUCGGUCUGGGGAUCGAAUCCUGUGUCCAUUAAUGGCUCUACGAAACCUCCUGAAGGCCCGCCGAGAACUCAAGAUGGCCGCCUGCGAGUACCUGUGUCUGGAUCUAGACCACGCCCUCAAGCGGAUCGCUAAAAACGUCGGUGUUCCAGCAGCGAAUUAUGCCACACACUCCCUGCGAAGUGGUGGGGCUACGGCUCUUCUUCAAGAUAAUGUCGGCAGCCUCGCCAUCAAGCUACUGGGGCGAUGGAAAUCGCGGUGCUACGAGGACUACCCUCGCCAAUCCGCUUCAUCAACAGCCCAAUUGGCUCACCGGAUGGUAUAA